CAGGCCUUAAGCUGUCGGCACAUGGACCGUGCAUUCGGAUGUUGAGAUCGAGCGUGUCAUGUUUUCGACGUCAUAGCGCGGAACAAGCACGUCGGGUGGAGCCGUUGCACACCCCGUGGCAGGCUGAUUUGCUUCCGCAGUCGGAGAAAUUGCUUCCUUUUUCUUGGUUGGGAUACUUGGUGGGCAUCUGGAGGCAGUCGCCCAUACUGAUGCUGGAUACUACACACCCAAAUACUGUCUGCUGCAUCGCUGCUCCCAUUGACGCCUAUGACGAGAAGCCGUGUCAAGAUCAAUAGUUCGUUUGUGUUACGAAUUAGAUACACAGCACGUAGAAAAAAGUGUACAAUUAAUUAGAAGAUCUGUUUCGUUCAUUAUGCUUUCUGCAGUAGAGCAUUUCAGACGAACGUGUUGUUUUAAAUCAGUUUACCACGCCUAAAAGGUUGUCAUGUAAUGCACUUUCUGAAUGUCUUCGAGAAUGAACACUUUCUGCAGUAUUUUUAUGCGUGAACCGACUCUCGGAAAUGAGAAAGGGGCCUGUCUAUGAGCAAGAGUUUGAUGUGCAAGCGUCGUUGUUGUGUCGUGUUACAGUACAAAUGAUCAAUAUUUUUCUGUUUUGAGGGUAGUACUGUGAACACUUAACUCGACAACACGAAAUUAAUCUUGGCACUGGUAGCAGAGGUGCAGGAACACUGGACGACAAGUUGGCGUAUAAUGGGGACGAGAGGUGACUGGUGUAUAAGCACGCAAAACGACAGUGUAGAUCUAUUUCCCUGCAGAGAGAACCUCCCACCUAUUGAGUAAAGUACUCCAAAGUGCAACGUGGGCGAUGGCGCUGCCGUCGCUGAUGUUCCCUAUGCUGGAGAACACGACUCUGGAGGAGCUGCAGUGCCUGCUGGCGGAAGCCACGGGAGCAGAGCUGGAAGCGGCGGUGUCGGGGGCCAGCUGCCCCCGAGCCUGGGACAGCGUCACCUGCUGGCCAACCUCGCCGGCCGACACUCUCGUGCUGAUGCCCUGCUUCUCGGAGCUCAACGGCAUGCCGUAUGAUACCAGCCAAAAUGCGAGCCGGUGGUGCCACUCGAACGGCACGUGGUCGAGCUACAGCAACUACUCAUCGUGCGAGGCGAUGCUGCCCAAGAUGGAGGUGGUCGAGGUGAUCGACGAGGUCAUCGUCGAGGUGGCCACGACGCUCUACUUCACCGGCUACUCCGUCUCGCUCGCCGCUCUCAUCGUCGCCGUCACGAUAUUUCUAUACUUCAAAGAACUGCGAUGCCUCCGAAAUGCCAUCCACAUGAAUCUCAUGUGGGCGUAUAUCCUCACCGACUUCUGGUGGAUUCUGACUGGUAUUGUAGAGGUAUCAGAGAAAGUGAGUAGCUCUGUAUGCGUCGUCCUGGUGCUACUUUUCUACUAUUUCCAGAUGACUAACUUCUUCUGGAUGUUCGUAGAAGGACUUUAUUUGUACAUGCUGGUGGUGCAAACGUUUACGGGGAAGCUUAUGCAGAUGCGUGCUUACAUUCUCAUUGGAUGGGGGGUGCCACUAGUGUUCAUAACCGCUUGGGGCAUCGCGAAAGGACUCACAACGGGAACUGGAGACCCCACGGUGGCGAGCGCCGAACCGCUGCGCCUGCACUGCCCGUGGAUGGACGUUGACGCGUACGACUCGAUCCACAUGGGCCCCAUCAUGCUCGUGCUGUUCGCGAACCUCGGCUUCCUCGCCAGGAUUAUGUGGGUGCUGAUCACUAAGCUGCGGUCGGCGAACACGGUGGAGACGCAGCAGUACCGGAAGGCGAGCAAGGCGCUGUUGGUGCUGAUCCCGCUGCUGGGCAUCACCUACAUCCUGAUCAUCGCCGGCCCGAGGGAGGGCCUCUCGUCUGACGGCUACAUCUACGUCAGGGCGAUUCUCAUCUCGACUCAGGGCUUCAUGGUGGCGCUGUUCUACUGCUUCCUGAACUCGGAGGUGCAGACGGCGGUGCGGCACCGGCUGGACAGCUGGCAGACGGCCCGCUCGCUGCGGACGCGGCGGCGGGACUCACGGAGGCGGCACCGCAGCAGCAGCGGCGGCCGCCCCAGCAAAGACUGGUCGCCGCGGUCGCGCACCGAGAGCCUCAGGUGCGCAGCGGCGGCUGGGUCGGAGGAGGAGGCGGCGCGGCCGCUCUGCCGGCAGGCCUAG